AAAUUUAUGUAUUAUAUUACGGAGCUUGUUUGGGGGAACAAGUAACUCGACUUGUCAGCGAAUACAUACAUAAAGUACGAAUCAUCCUAGGUAGUUAAUCGUUAUCCAAUCAUAGAAGAAAAAGAAAAAGGUUGCGUUUGUGAAUUUUUCGUCGAGAAUCAAGAUCUUCUUCUUCUCCUGUAGGAGUUUGAUCCUUGUCCAUAUCACAUCAAUCCAAGUUUUAAGUUGAUUUGAUAUGUUACAUACUCUGUUCGUUUUCUCACCUGGUUGGCGAAUCUUGUUAUUUUCAUAUAAAUCAUUAGGAGUGAAGAUGAGUAAAGGCAGCAGCCUUAAGCUGGAGAUCGAUCUCGAAAAGAGGCAAGCUGAAUCUUUAAGGAUCAUAGAGAAGUACCCUGACAGGAUCCAUGUGAUUGUGGAAAAGGCUGAGAAAUUUGAAAUCCCAAACAUUGACAAGAAAAAAUACCUAUCAGACCUAAUUAAUAGUUGGUCAAUUUGUGUAUGUGAUUCGAAAAAGAAUCAAACUAAGUUCAGAGAAAGCUAUCUUCAUAUACGUAGACAAUGUCCUUCCUCCUACAGGAGAGAUUCUGUCAAGCGUCUACGAAGAGGAGAAAGAUGAAGAUGGCUUCCUCUACAUCACUUAAAGUGGUGAGACUACGUUUGGUGCUUCUUCAAUCUAAAUCCAUGACCUGAGAAACACUAGCGUUUUGAUGUUUCCCACUCUCAGUUUGUGUAUAUUGUAUUCUACCAGCAAAGUCUUCUCAAGAUUUGUGGGUUUUUUAAUGUUCUUGCACUUUUAUUUUUAAAUAUAUAGACUAAUAUUGACCAAUGCCUAUUAAGCUAAAUAUCUUAUCA